AUGACUGGUCCUGACUAUAAGACUUCUUUGCCCCCUCUGGCGAAAAUCAUCUCUCCUAAACAGUCACCUUCAAACCUUAACAUGAAUCAAGAUACUCUCUCCAAUCUGGAUUUACAUUCGAAAAUCCAGUCCCCCAUCCAACAGGUUCCUCAGAAUCAUCAAACUCAGCAGGUUCAACCAUCUCUGUUUUACCCAGCAGCUAGUAACCCUGCAAUGUCUGAAUCAAACGUUCUGAAAUCAAUGAAUGACUUCUCGAAUCAGUUGAGUCAGUCAAAUUCCUCUCAACAUUUACCGGGAUUAUACCAAAACUUGAAUCUUAUGAGGCCUAAUUCUAACGACUCCUCUCAUCAGUCAUUUCUAAAUCAGGAAAAUUUGGAUCUUUCAAAUAAUGACUUAUUGAGACAGAGACAACAAUCUCCCUUGAUUAAUAACUUCUACCAUAACUUACAGCCUAAUGGCUUCAGACAGUCCCCAAAUCCACUUCUACAACAAGUUCCCUUGGCGUAUCAUCAUCAGCAACAACAACAGCAGCACCAACAACAGCAGCAGCAGCAGCAAAAUCUUCAACAGAAUAAUCAACAACAAAUGUUUCAGCUUCACCAACAAUAUCAGUUCCCUCAACAGGUACAACCUAUCCAAUUUAAUGACCAUCUUCAUGUACAACAAGACUUUUCCCAACAAACACAAACUCUAGAACCUCCACAGAACAUCCCAACUAAGUGCACCUGUAAACAAAACCAGGCAAAGAGAAUCCCUAGACCUAGAAAUGCCUUCAUUUUAUUUAGGCAAAAACACCACCAGGCCUUGAUCGAGGAAGGAAAUCAACUGAAAUCCAAUCCUGAAGUUUCUAAAGAGUUGGGUGAAAAGUGGAGAGCAUUGAGUGAUGAAGAGAAGCAAUAUUGGAACAAUUUAGCUGAAGAGGAGAAAAGAUUACAUGCUGAGAAGUAUCCUGGUUAUAAAUAUACUCCCAAAAGAAAAAGCAAAAAGAAAUGUGAUUUUUGUCUAUAUAAACAAAAACUGAAAUUACAGAUGGCAGAGAAGGCGGCUGCUCGGAGAAUCGAAAAGGAACAGAAACGUUUGGAGAAACAGUACAAGCAAAAAUUGUCACAACAGGCCAAACAAAUGAAGGUUAUGUCUACCUCUCCUUUGACGAUGCAACAGCAACAACACCAAUUACAGCAGCAACAGCAACCAAUGCAGCUAAAUGAAUUUGCAAACACCACACUUCAGAACCAUAUUUUCAAUGACAUGAAUUUAUCAAAUUAUCAAAAGUAUGCUCAACAAAUUCAGCAAAUGAGAACGCCUACUCCUAACUCAACUUCAUCAACCCCGCUUCAUGCAUCUAACCCUUAUUACAAUUCAGCUUUCACUUCUUAUAGUCAGCAACAACAACAGCAGCAACAGCAACAGCAACACCCGCAACAACAACAACAGCAGCAGCAGCAACAACAACAAUCAUCAAUAAAGGCUGAUGACUUGAAGCCUUUUUUAUUUAACAAUAUAGGCACUUUCCAGCGCCCUCAGAUGGGCGAUGGACGUCAAUCACCAUUAGCUUUACAAACACCAAACUCUACUUCACCUUCAAGUUAUAACAACAGUUUAGCUAGCUCAAAUAAUUUACGUGUGAUGCAACAACAUCAGCAUCUACCUUACCAGGCUUCCGAGCCAGACCAUCCGAGCCAAAGUCACCAUGACAAUCAAAAUCCCUCUCAAAACCAACAAAAUAACAACCCUACUUCAUCGAGUACAACUGCAUCUUCUCUAUUCACCGAACAAAACCAUCCUAGUAGAAACGCUACUCCCUUGGUGAAUGAAUCUGAAACAAAAAAUGCAGACAGCCAAGAUCACUCGUUCUCUAGAGUUGAUGAACAAGGUACCUCGAAUGCAUCUUCCGUCAAUCAGAGUACUUCUUUACCUUCAAUCAAUGCGUUAUCUUUGCCACCAUUAAAUAUCCAGCAAAAUAACUGA